CUUCUACCGAAUUUUCGUAAUCGCGAACUGUGAGCCGAGCGGGCACUGGUCGUGAGGCAUGAGGUCCUGGUUACUAUGGUUGUUUCUUCUGUUGGUCGUCUUGGCCGAUAGGAGCUUCGCUAAUCCUUACUUCGAUGAUGGUGAAGAUGUAGAUGAUCUUCAAGUUGAUGACUCCUCGGAUUAUACAGACAACGCUUUGGAGAAUCUGAUGCGAGUAGCACAAAAACGUACCCCGUCGAUAAACUUGUUUAGGCGGGCUUGCAUAAGGCGUGGCGGCGAUUGUUACCACCGACGGAAGGACUGCUGCUACAGCUCCAGCUGCCGCUGCAAUCUCUGGGGUUCUAAUUGCAAGUGUCAACGGAUGGGUCUCUUUCAAAAGUGGGGCUAAACGAUAUCCUCUCUUUCUCUCCUUUUGCCAUAAAUCUAAUUUCUACAUUUAUGCGUCUUAUUUCUUAUAUAUUUUCUCUUUUUUCUUUUUACUCUCCGACCCUCUCAGUCCCUUUGAAAGUCUAUCCCGACAAUGGUAUCCCCGAUAAUGUCUUUAAGUAUAUUUGAACGAUUCUCCCGUACAACUUGACUCACUAUCACUCGAUGUAUCUAUCUCGGGGAAAUUCCAUGUUUUCAAGUUGUGCGAUUUGCAUUCUUGAUUAAAAUAAAGGCCUCAAUGAUACGCUUUGACAUCUUUCUUUCGUGUAUUUGUUAGACUCUUUUAAUAGAGAGAGAUAUGAGGGAUUCUUUAAGUUAUGAUAUCAUAAUUGGCAAUACCUUGAAAAAAGUUACUCACUCGGAAAUACACUAUUUACAUUCUUCUACAAUAUCUGUAGAUACAGUCUCUCAAUGCAGUUUCCCAAUGCAGUUUAUAACUACCUCUCUCACGAUAUUUAAUGCUCGGGAUCAACUGUGUUGACUAAUCGAUAUGCUUAGCGAUUCCCCUUCUCUUUCUAGGUUGUAGACUUCUCUGAUUACAAUGUAGGUAAUGCGAAAAUUAUAAUUAAUUUGCAUUGAUCAACUUUAA